UAAGACUGAAGAUGGUAUUUGACAAGGUKAACCAGCAKCAUAUCCAAUAGAAUUUGAAAUCGUUAACUAGAAGGAAGAGUUUAAAAAUUGUGUUUUAGUAACCUAGAUUGUAGUAGUAGUGCAAAAUAUCAUAAGUUCCUUUGCGUUUGUUCCUCCCUCCAUCCCCUUCACACAAUACGGUACAUGCCGACACCGAUCAUCGUGCCUAUUGCAUACCCUACAACGCCCCAAACGGUGGCCGAGAUUGUUCGACCUUGGAGUUUUCCAGGAUCUCUCUUCUUCAUUUGGCCACAAAACGCCGCGGCAGUCGCUGGGCCUCCGAUGGCCGCGUUAGAGGCGAUCCAGACAUCUUCGAGGUCCAGCGACGGCGGCGAGCUAUCGCUCUUUUGGUCUCGACGAAAACGGGCAUCGAUCGCMAAAAUGAUUUUCUUCCACAGAAUGCAACCAAUCACCGUCCCGAAUACGUGCACCGUGAGCGCAAUGGCCGAAAAUAGGAGACACGCCGGGCCCAUGGACAGAGCGGAUGAUAGAUUAGCGGCGACUCCGAUGGAAGCAAAAAAGGACAAGAAGAAAAAGUCGCUCCACACUGAGGCCGCCUUGGAAAAGGGYGUCCAAAACUCUUUUGCUUGGACCAGCGAGUUUAGAAGAGGUGCCACAACGGCAAUCACGGCGCACGCAGUUCCCGGGACAAAGUCACCCAAAAAAUCCUCGAUGCGAUUUGCGAUUUGGACUAUAAACAUUGUUGCCAUCAGCAGCGGAACGGAAGCGAGGUAUACGGAGUCCCUCCAGUUUGAAGGAAAGGUUGAACCCGACGACGGCGAUGAUGGCACGUUUUUAUCUGUGASUUUCGACGCUUGUUGUCGCUGUUGUGUCACGCUGGCAUUUUCAAGUGCGUCGCUCUGUCCCACCCCUUGGUCAGUGGUCGGCGAGAGUUCURCCGGCGCACGGGAAAACAUCCCUACCAGCCAGUCCCACUCUAAACUAGAGGACAGGAAUGAAAAAUAUAUCGCCAUGGUAAAUAGAUCCGCAGUCACCAGGGAUCCAAGCAGUUCUGCCGGAGCACCGAUCAAUCGCGCCGUGGAAACGAAGUUGACGGAUCCUCCCACGUAAGAGGCCGACAUGCACCCMGUUGUGAUUCUGGCCAAUUCGCUUGCGGCUUUUCCUGCGCCACUGGAGGCACCYGCACACUCUCGAAACCAUCGGAAGGCCAGGGCACACCGAUAACUCAGCCAGCAUCCCACCAAAGAUGACAGGGAGGUAAUCAAAAAGGGCAUUGCAAUGCGACGUAUGCAUGCUGCAAUUGAGUGUUGGGAAGGACCUGUUGUUGUUCUUGAAACCCCCUUCUCUGCGGUAKUACCAUUGGAUUUGUCAUCCAAGAGUUGUUUCGGAGGCUGAUAAGCCAAGAGCAGCAGCGUUAACGAACCAGGCAAAAAAAGUGUAAAGCACAAG